UAAUAGUAAGUUGCAAUGCCUGCGGGUGAAAUGAAACUGCUUUCUACUCAUUUCUUGUAAUAGUGCUUUUGUAUGAAAGAAAAACCAAUUGAGAACAUAAGUUUGCCCAAAUGUGAUAUUUCACCAAAUGGAACUUGGGUAGCUGGUGGAGGAAGUGAAUAUAUCUCAAUAUACGAAAGGCUGAUUACAGAAGUAAAUGUAGGAGGAAAUAAGGACAAUGAAGAGUGCUUAUUUUUUGAAAAUAAUUAUGGACUCUGGUGGAGCGACUGCCUUCAUGAUUAUCUAUCGUUAUGUUUAAAAGAAGAGAUAGUUCAGACUACAAGUCAUAAUACCAUGACAUAUAUUGAAUGGAGGCAAUAUGUUAAAUCGUGCUUUGAAAACAAUUGUUUCCCAAUCACCUAUAAUGACACAAUGAGUUUAUCUAUAUCCCAGGCUUCCCGUACCAAAAGGAAAGGUUUGCCGCAAACUCGCCGCAACUUUGCCGCAAAUUCGCUGCAAACCUUUUAGUUCGCCAAAACACUGUGUCAAGUGUUUGCCAGAUAUCGCCACUAGUGGCAACUCUGUGGCAAACAUUUGGCGACUUUGCGGCGAAUUCACCAGAAUAUUAAGUUGUUCGCCAAAAGUUUGCCAGAAACUUUCAGUGGAAAACUAAUUUGCCAGAGAUUGCCAGAAUCUUUCUAUCAAAAAAAUUAUUCGCUGAAAGUUCACCAGAAACUUUUCUACAAAAACAAGUUUGCCAGAUAAUCGCCACAAACAUAUCAGUUCUGAAAGUUAAUCCAACUUUGUUCAGUAAAUAACUAUUUUGCCAAGGAAUUAUAUUAUUAUGCACAUAUAAAAAAAGUCCUUCAUGUACCUACCUAUAACCACGGAUGUAAAUGUCAAUUAAAGUCCGUGCUAUAACC